AUGCCUGGAAAUGAAAAUUUACUACCCGAGGAUAGCAUAUCUUUUAAUGAAACUCCAACAAUUGCUAACGAAAACACCUCUAAUGAUUUAUGCCUACCAAGUACUUCUAAUAUUGUUAAUAUGGGGCAGAGAAAAAAUUAUUACAUAUCUCCCAUUCGAAGUAACGAAAGCGAUAUAGAUGAUUCCGAUGCUGAUCCAAAUUUUGAUGUCUCUCCAAACAAAUUAUUCUCAAACAGAUUAUUUCCUACAGCUAAUUCUUCAUCUAGCAGCAGCAGCAGCAGUUCGUCGACUAGUUCUGACAGCUCCGACAGUGCAUCUGAGUCGUCUACAGUUUCGAAUAUUGAAGAUAAUGGAGAAAGAAAAGGAAAAAAAAAGAGUUUGAAGACCUGA